CUUUGCAGUGUAUGGAUGAUUCCAAGCCAUGUGUUAAUGAGGGAAAGUGCAUUCCGUAUCAAAAUGGUACAGGAUAUUGCAAGUGUCGAGAAGGCUUUCUUGGAGACUACUGUCAGUACAGAAACCCCUGCGAAAGCAAUACCUGUAAGAACGGGGGAACUUGUGAAACUACGUCUCUGAUAGGAAAGGCUACCUGCAAAUGUGCUCCAGGGUUCACAGGAGAGGAUUGUCAAUACUCUGAAUCGCACCUCUGCUACGUGUCCCAGCCCUGCCUGAACGGAGGAACUUGUCAUCCCCACAGCCAGGAAACCUACGAGUGUGUCUGUCCUCCAGGUUACACAGGAAAGGAUUGCCAGUGGAUUGAUGCCUGUACAUCUCAACCUUGUGCCAAUGGAAGUACAUGUACUGUAUCUGGAAAUAAGUUCUCCUGCAUCUGUCUGUCUGGCUACACUGGCCAGAAGUGUGAGAUAGAUGUGAAUGAAUGUGCCACACCAGGCCUUUGUCAACACGGUGGAACCUGUGUCAAUUUGCCUGGUUCAUACCGAUGCCAGUGCAAGCCGGACUAUACAGGGCAUCGCUGUGAGAGUGUAUAUGUGCCGUGUUCCCCAUCACCCUGUAUGAACGGAGGAACUUGUCAUCAAACAAGUGACUUCACCUUUGAGUGCAACUGUCUGCCAGGUUUCGAGGGAAGCGUCUGUGGGCGCAACGUUGACGACUGCCCAAAUCACAACUGCCAAAAUGGGGGUAUAUGCGUGGACGGUGUGAACACAUACAAUUGCCGCUGCCCGCCACAAUGGACAGGCCAGUUUUGCACUGAAGACGUUGAUGAAUGUCAGCUCCAGCCCAACGCUUGUCAGAAUGGGGGUACCUGCACCAACCACAAUGGAGGCUAUGCCUGUGUCUGUGUCAAUGGUUGGAGUGGGGACGACUGCAGUAAGAACAUUGAUGAUUGCUUCACUGCCUCCUGUGCUAAUGGAUCUACUUGCAUUGAUCGAGUGGCUUCUUUUUCGUGCAUUUGUCCAGAAGGAAAGGCAGGUCUUCUGUGCCACUUGGAUGAUGCAUGUGUUAGCAAUCCAUGCCAGAAGGGUGCUCUGUGUGAUACCAAUCCUGUGAACGGACACUAUAUCUGCACCUGUCCUCAAGGCCAUAAGGGAGCAGACUGCACUGAGGAUGUGGACGAAUGUGCAAUGGCAAACAGCAAUCCGUGUGAACAUGCUGGGAAAUGCGUAAACACAGAAGGCUCUUUCCACUGUGAGUGUUUGAAGGGCUACACAGGACCUCGCUGUGAAAUGGACAUCAAUGAAUGCCAUUCAAAUCCAUGCCAAAAUGAUGCCACCUGCCUGGAUAAAAUCGGAGGAUUCACAUGUCUCUGUAUGCCAGGUUUUAAAGGUGUUCACUGUGAAGAAGAUAUUGAUGAGUGUCUAAGUAAUCCCUGUGUGAACAACGGAGAGUGUCUUGAUAAAGUCAACCGCUUCCUCUGUGUCUGUCCUCCUGGAUUCAGUGGUGCCGUGUGUCAGAUUGAUAUAGAUGACUGCUCCAGCACGCCAUGUCUCAACGGAGCCAAAUGUAUUGACCAUCCCAAUGGCUAUGAGUGCCAGUGCGCCACAGGUUUUACUGGCCUUUUGUGUGAGGAGAAUAUCAACAACUGUGAUCCUGAUCCUUGCCACCAUGGGGAAUGUCAAGAUGGAAUUGAUUCAUACACAUGUAUAUGCAAUCCUGGCUACAUGGGUGCCAUAUGCAGUGAGCAGAUAGAUGAAUGCCACAGCAAUCCUUGCCUCCAUCAAGGGCGCUGCAUUGAUUUGGUGAACGGCUACCAAUGCAACUGUUUGCUGGGCACUUCAGGAGUGAACUGUGAAAAUAACUUUGAUGACUGUGCAAGUAACCCAUGCAUUCACGGGGACUGUAUUGAUGGUAUUAAUCGCUACAAUUGUGCUUGCAAACCUGGAUUUACAGGCCCGCGUUGUAAUGUAGACAUUGAUGAAUGCACAUCCAGCCCCUGUCAUAAUGGUGGGACAUGUAUAAAUGAAGUCAAUGGCUUUCGGUGUGUAUGUCCUGAAGGUUACCAUCAUCCUCACUGUCAGUCACAGGCAGAUGGCUGUCUUAGUAAUCCCUGUGUACAUGGCAACUGCACACAUAUUACUAGUGGGUACAAGUGUGUCUGCGACCCAGGCUGGAUAGGAGAUUACUGUUCAACAGAAGGGAACGAAUGUAAAUCAAACCCAUGCCAGAACGGAGGAACUUGUGAAGAUCUGUUGAAUGGAUAUAGAUGUACCUGUAGGAAAGGAUUCAAAGGUGUGAACUGCCAGGUAGUGGUUGCUCCUUGUUCCCCUGAUCCUUGUGAGAACUCAGGAAUUUGCCAAGAAUCUCCUGACGCUGAAGGCUACACCUGCCAAUGUGCCCCUGGCUGGGAAGGGGAGAGAUGUACAGUGGAUAUUGAUGAAUGUCUCUCAAAGCCCUGCAAAAAUCAUGCUCUGUGCCACAAUAUUCAAGGCAGUUACCUGUGUGAAUGUCGGCCAGGCUUCACUGGAGGAGACUGUGACAGUAACAUUGACGACUGCCUUUCAAAUCCCUGCCAAAAUGGUGCUUCAUGUGUGGAUGGGAUAAACUCUUUCUCAUGCAUCUGCCUACCUGGAUUUCAUGGAGAUAAAUGUCAGACAGAUACCAAUGAAUGUCUAAGUGAACCAUGCAGGAAUGGAGGCACGUGCACCCACUAUGUCAACAGCUACACGUGCAAGUGUCAGCCUGGGUUUGAGGGAACCAACUGCGAAAACAACAUCGAUGAAUGCACUGAGAGCUCCUGUUUCAAUGGAGGUACUUGUGUGGAUGGGAUCAAUUCCUUUACUUGCCAGUGUCCAGUGGGCUUUACAGGACCCUUCUGCCUCACGGAAAUUAAUGAGUGCGAUUCACACCCUUGCUUGAACAAAGGCUCCUGCGUGGACAGCCUAGGCACAUACCGAUGUAUAUGUCCUUUGGGUUAUACUGGGAAGAACUGUCAG